CAUCCGCCCUUGUUAUCAUAACGCUUCCCCUCUUAUUCGUCGCUUGAUGAACCCCCAGCAUUACGCCACGUACAAUCCGCAGCAGCAUCAGCAGCAGUUCUAUGCGGGGGCGGGGGCUUAUGCAACGCAAAGCGGCGGCAUGGGCGGUCAAUCGCUUCACGCGUGGGUGCCGCCGUCCCCCCAGGAACAGCAGUUCUACGAUAUGCUUUUCGCCCACGUGGACGACCAGCGCCGCAACGCUAUCAACGGACAACAGGCAGUCGCGUUCUUCGCACGCUCACACUUGGACAAGGCUAUUUUACGCGAAGUCUGGAGCAUCGCAGACUCUCAGCGGAGGAGCGAGUUAUCACGCAACGAGUUCUACGUGGCAAUGAGACUCAUCAGUAUGGCGCAACGAGGAGAGCAGGUGUCGGCGCAAAGAUUCUUUCAAUUGGCAACAAUGCAAUACCCGCUUCCAAUGAUGGAAGGAGUUCCUCCACCUCAACAGCAGCCAGUACAGCCUCAAGCUCAGAUGCAUGCUCCUCAACAGGACUUUGGCUCUGUGCAUCAGCAACCCACGGGGUCGUACGCUCUUACCACAGAUGAGAAGAGCAAGUAUGAUAUUGUGUUUCAACAAUACGACACGGAUCGCGAUGGAUUUCUCAUGGGAACCGAAGCGGUGGCACUGUUUCAGAUGUCCGGCCUGGAUCGCAAUAUGCUGCGAGAUAUUUGGUCGAUGGCGGACGUGACCCAGGACAGCAAGUUGAGUGUUCAGGAGUUUUACGUGGCAAUGCACUUGAUCGUCUGCGUGAGCAAGCGCGGAUUGCCCAUGCCAUCGACAUUACCACGGGAGCUUAGCGAGACAGCGUUUGGCUCUGGCGGCUCUGCAGGUAUGGCUGGACUUGGCAAUCAGAUGCCAGCACCUUCGACGCAAAAUGGAUUUCCAGUGCAGAAGCAGCAAGAGAGUGUACCGCCACCCAAGCCAGAAGGCAUGUCUGCUUUCGACUCGCUCUCUACUGCCGAAGAUGCUCCGCUGCCAAGUUUUGCGUCUUCUACACGUUCGUCGAGAACAAACUCUUUUAACCACGCCGACAGCAAUGCAACGAACAGCCACGCAGGAGGUUUUGGUGAGCCUUCAGUUCCCACGCCUACUGGCAGUUUACAGGGAUUUUCAGCUCCGGUUGCACAGGAUUUUGGUAGUUUUUCUGCCCCACCAGUACCUAGCGCCACAAGCGGAAGAGACCGCACAAACUCGGCGUCGUCAAUGAACUCAAUGUCCAGCUUCAGUGGUAUGACGCCGUUGCCACCUCAUCCGCCGGCUCAACAGCUUCCUCAGCGUAAUCUUGGUAGCAACGAGCGUAUUCAAGUUCAAAAUACUGGUUUCCAGACACCUCAGCAGACAUAUCCAGGAUUCGGAGCUGAGAGCUUUGGGUCCUCGGCCGCUGUGCCGGAAAAUCCAUUUAUGGGUGACGAGGAGGAGAAGAAGGUAGUGGGACAGCUUGACCAGCAGAACGAGCAAGUUGUUCAGGCUCUUGCAAGUGUAGAGCGCAAACAGAUUGCCAUUGAGAUGAUUUCCGAGAAGCUACGCGAUCUGGAUGAGCUGCGUCAUGAGCUGGUGACUCUCGUCAUGAAGAGGGAAGAUCUGCGUUCUGCAACCAACACUACCUCUUCGUCAGGUGACAAUGCUGCUGAAGAGCAAACCAGACUCGCUGUAGAGCGUAGUCUGCGAAGCUUAGUGGAGAAUCAGAAGCAACUGAUUCAGCAAUUGCAGUAUGAUAUCGCUAGACAUGAAGGCGAGUUGGAAGAAGCCAUCCUGAGCGCGAAGCUACAGCAGAAAUUGUCGUUAGAGUCCCGAUCCUCUUUGAUCGAUGCAGCGUCUCCACCAGUAUCGACGCACGACUCAGAUAGAGCUGCUGGUGGAACCAAUACUUUCGUCCCCGCUCCGCUUUCUCUGGAUGAACCGAAUGUCUUGCCGUCUCCUGUGGCAGCUCCUAAUGCCCCUUCCAUCUCCGCGUUUUCACCGGAUGCAACCGACAGCAGCGGCUUCAAUGCAUUUAGCAACUUCGACUCAGCGCCGCGAUCGAUUGCAAGUGUUACUCCAACAUCGGUAGCUGAGGUUCCGUCGGGCUCACCAUUUUCACCAACCCCGUCUCCGUCACAAAAUGCGGCUGCAAACGAUAGUUUUAACGCGUUUGGUGACUUUGCCGCCCCACCCUCCGCUGACGCAACGUCUCCAUCAGCUGGUAUGAGUGAUGUUCCUGGAAAGUCUCCGUUCUCUCCGUCACCAUCGCCUGCCGCUGCAAGCGAUAGCGCUGGCUUUGACGCUUUUGGCGCGGCCGAAGCUCCUGCUCCUGUCUCCUCGCCUGCACCGGCCGAGGCUUCUCCGUUCUCUCCAUUUUCUCCGUCCCCGUCGCCGGUUGCGGCAGACGAUAAUGGCUUUGGUGAUUUCAAUGCUGCUCAAUCCUCUACGCCCGCGGCAACAGAAGCUCCCGGACACUCUCCGUUUUCGCCAACGCCGUCACCAGCCGCAGCGACGAGCACCAGCACGGACUUUAGUGCUUCGUUUGAUACCCCGGCGAAGACGGAUGGACCUGAAAGCGCUCCCUUCUCGUCGCCUGUCGCGACGGAAACUCCAGCGUUCGAUGCAUUUGCGACCGCGCCGCUCUCCAACGAUAGCGCUGCUACCCCUGCCAGCACAACUGUUGCCACAGAGAAUCUGAUCUUCUCACCGGUUGCAGCAGACAACAGUGGAUCGAACACGUUUGGUGACUUCGGUGCAGCGCCUGACAAUACAGCGGCAGCAUCCGAGUCAACGGCCAAGCAGAAUUCAUCUGAAAACUUGCUGUUCUCCCCACCUGCUGCGGCAUCAACAGAGUCGACGAUCAAACAGAAUUCAUCUGAAAACUUGCUGUUCUCCCCACCUGCUGCAGCUUCGACGAGUAGCGGUCUUGAUGCAUUCGAUGACUAUGCUGCUCCUGUGUCGAAUGAUAGCGCUACGCCCGCCCCUACACCGGACAAGACGACAGGAAACUCGCCGUUCUCUCCAAUCGCUUCGGGCACUAACGACUUCAAUGGCUUUGGCGACUUCAACGCAGCUCCGGCUUCAAAUGAUGCCACAUCGUCUGCUCCUGACAAGCCCGCUGAUACUUUGGAUAACUCGCCGUUCUCACCCGUAGCCAAGAAUGAUUCCAGUUCCGGUUUUGAAGCGUUUGAAGAUUUCAACGCUGCACCAGCCUCGACUGACAGCGCUGGAGCUUCUGACGCCCCGAAGGCGACCAAUCCUAGCGGAAACUCGCCAUUCUCGCCCGUAGCAACUGAUAACAGUGGGUUUGGAGACUUCGGCGACUUCAACUCUGCUCCAGCCCCAACUGCAAGCUCUACGGAAACCAAGUCAGCAGAGGUGUCUGGUAACUCGCCAUUUUCGCCUGUGUCCACAGACAACGGAUUCGGAGAUUUUGGUGAUUUCAACGCUGCUCCGACAUCUACAGACAACGCCAAACCCACAACAAGGAAGGAAUCGACCGAUAGCAACGCCUUCGAGACGUUCGGGGACUUCAGCGCUGCUCCAUCGUCCACAUCUGACGUGGGCAACUUCAACUAAACUUCACAAAUAAAAAUCAUUUUUCACAAUGAAAAUUUACAAUAGUCUUCUUUGG